GAAUUUGCUAUUUCUUAGUGGAGUGAGAAGUGUUUAUGGUAGUAGGUGUUACCAUGAUUUUCUCCAUGCUUCUACUCCUUUUGAUGUGCCUUUUCGUUACUGCAGAUGAGCAAAAGGUUCGAUUACCAACAAAAAGCAGUGAAACCGUUGAUCAGUACUCAAGCACUGUCAAAAUACCACAAAAUAAUGGAUGAUAAUUCCACCCUACCAAUUUCAAAACAUCGUCAAAGACUGUCUGAGGAUUGUCUGGUUAAAAAGUACACCUACAAAUCCUGUCAGAAAGUCUUCUGUCAACCCUGGGAAAAAUGUAUUCGUGGAAGCUGCACAUGUAAGCUGCCUUAUCAAUGUCCAAAGAAUGGGGAAACAGUCUGCUCAAGCAAAAAUAAAACCUACAGGUCAUACUGCCAGCUGAAAAGUAUUGAAUGUCUGCGAAAGUCGGAAAGGUUUGCCCACUCUGGAGUGUGUUCAUUGGGACGUACUGAUGCUUAUUUGGGUGUUGCUAAUUCUUCACAAGGAAUUGUUUUAUUCGGUUUAAAUCAUUCAGUAGGAUCACCUGUUUGCCUAAAGAAGAUGUGGACAAUGCAUGAGGCAAAUGUAGUCUGCAGACAACUCAACUUUAACCUGGGAGCAGAGAAGCUUUUGAAGGAAGCUCCAGGAAAAUGGAAGAACUACUCAAUGUUCAUCUGGACUAAUAAGACACGCUGCAGGGGUUUUGAAACUAGCUUAUCAGAGUGUUUCCAACACAAGGACAUUGGAAGACCAGAAGGACUCUGCGAGGGAAAUCAUAUUGCUGCAGUUAAAUGUUAUCAAUAUCCUCCAGAUAAGAACUGCACCAGUGAUGAAUUUGAAUGUGUAAAUGGCAAGUGUAUCCCACUGGAGAAUGUUUGCAAUGGCAUCGAUGACUGUGCUGACUUAAGUGAUGAGUUGUGCUGCAAAGAAUGCACAGAUUCCUACCUCUGCAAGUCAGGCAUAUGUAUUCCACAUUUUUCCUUGUGUGAUGGUGAAGAUGAUUGCUUGGAUGGAGGUGAUGAAAGUAAAUGUAAUGAAAUGGAUACAAUUAAAGAUUAUAAAACAGAAAGAAGCCAACUCAAGUCAUCACUUUCUAAAAUAUCCUGUGGGAUUUCAAAUGUUACCGCAAACACAGCAAGUAAGAGAUCUAAGAGGCUUAUAGGAGGUACAGAGGCUUUAAAGGGUCAAUUUCCUUGGCAAAUAGCUGUUUAUGAUGGUGAAAUUCUGAACUGUGGGGGGAUCUUCAUUGGUGGUUGUUGGAUUCUAACAGCUGCACAUUGUUUAAGAUCCCACCGAAUAUCCAACUAUGUGGUGAGGAUUGCAAAGUACAAUAAAAGAGAUAUUUCAAAGAGAGAAGAAAUUUUACCAGUCGAGAAGAUGAUUGUUCAUUAUAAAUACAAUUCAAAAACAUAUGAGAAUGACAUUGCCUUAUUAAAGAUAAAGCACAUUUUUAAAAACGAAGAAUGCAUUCCACUGAGUGAAGAUGUCCAACCGGUCUGUGUUCCCUGGUCUGAUUACUUAUUCAGACCUAACAAGACUUGCAUCGUUUCAGGUUGGGGUCAAGCAAAAGAUAACACCAGAGUAAGCAUUCUACGUUGGGCAGAAGUUGACAUAAUUGGAAACUGUUUGUCGAUUUACAAAUCUGCUUUUUUUGACGGAAUGGAGUGUGCAGGAAAACUUGAUGGAACUGCCGAUUCCUGCAAAGGAGAUUCUGGAGGUCCGUUAGUCUGUACUGAUGAAAGAAAUGAAGCUUACGUGUGGGGAGUAGUUAGCUGGGGUGAAAAAUGUGGUGAACCUGGAUAUCCUGGUGUUUACACAAAAGUGUCCCAUUACUUUGAUUGGAUAACCGAUCAUGUUCGUGGACAUGUUAUUUCUAAAUAUAAUGUCUGAAUGUUUAGUAUCAAUUUCAGUUCUAGUAACACACAUUUCCUGCAUCUAAUUCAUACUUUGCAACUCAUGUUUUCAUCAGAAAGGUUAUAAAAAUCAAAAUUAAAUGUCAUUUAAAAAGACAAUUGCAGACACAA